GCGUCCGUCAUGUGCUGGGAGGGGUUCGCCCCGACUCCUAUUUCAGGAAAGUUUGCACCAGCUCAGGGCUUGCACCAUGGCAGGGCAGGCGCAGAGCAGGGCUGAGCAGCAGCUGCAGGAGCAGCAGGCGGCGCCGCCAUGGGGAGAGCUGCUGUCCUUCCAGUACUUCCAGCGCCUGUGCCCCCCCGGGGCCGGCUACGGCUACAGCGGGGGCAGCGUGCAGGGGAUGCGGGAAAGCGAGUUCCGCAGGCUCGGAGGAAUGACAUACCUUGACCAUGCAGGCACAGCACUUUUUCCACAGAGUCUUCUUAAGGAGUUUACUGAUGAUCUCAGUAAAAAUAUUUAUGGCAACCCUCAUAGUCAGAACAUCAUCAGCAAGCUGACAUACGACACUAUUGAGCAUGUCCGAUACAGAAUAUUACAACACUUCAAUACAACUGCAGAAGAUUACACUAUCAUUUUCACAUCUGGAAGUACAGCUGCACUUAAGCUGGUAGCAGAAACAUUCCCUUGGAUGCCUGAAGGCUUGGGGCACCCCAGCAGUCAAUUUUGUUACCUAACUGACAGUCACACAUCGGUGGUGGGUAUGAGGGGGAUAACUGCUGCAAUGAAUGUGUUAUCUGUUCCUGUGAAACCCAAAGACAUUUUAUUAUCUGAGAAAAACAGAGAACCAGCUGAAGAACAGAACUGCAUGACACCUCAUCUUUUCUGUUAUCCAGCUCAGAGCAAUUUUUCAGGUAUCAAAUAUCCUCUUUCAUGGAUACAGGAGAUAAAAUCUGGAAAGCUCUGCCCCAUCAAAACACCAGGGAAGUGGUUUGUUCUACUGGAUGCGGCUUCAUAUGUCAGUACCUCUCCAUUAGACUUAACAGUUCACCAGCCAGACUUUAUCCCCAUUUCAUUCUAUAAAAUCUUUGGAUUCCCUACUGGUUUAGGAGCAUUGUUGGUAAACAACCAAAUUGCACCCUUCUUGAGGAAAAGUUAUUUCGGAGGUGGAACUGCAGCUGGCUACCUUGCAGGAGAAGAAUUUUACUCCCCAAGACCAUCUAUAGCAGAAAGGUUUGAAGAUGGCACCGUUUCGUUCCUUGAUAUCAUUGCACUGAAACAUGGAUUUGAUGCUUUGGAAAGACUUACAGGUGGCAUGGAGAACAUAAAAAAUCACACCUUUGCUUUAUCUCGCUACACCUACACAGUGCUGUCUACCUUAAAAUAUGCUAAUGGAGCACCUAUUGUGCGUAUCUACACUGAUUCAGACUUCAGCAGUCCUGAUAUCCAGGGUCCAAUAAUUAAUUUUAAUGUACUGGAUGAAAAUGGAGAUGUAAUCGGCUAUUCCCAGGUGGACAAGAUUGCCAGUCUCUACAACAUACAUGUUCGUACAGGAUGUUUCUGUAACACUGGCGCCUGCCAGCAGCAUUUGAGCCUCAGCAAUGAGGAUGUCAAAAGGAACCUUCAGGCUGGCCACGUCUGUGGAGAUGACAUAGAUAUAAUUGAUGGACGUCCCACUGGGUCCGUGAGAAUAUCAUUUGGCUAUAUGUCUACUUUUGAAGAUGCACAAACCUUUCUAAAGUUCAUCAUAGCAACCAGACUAUCUAAAUCAGACUGCAAGUUUCCCUCCCAAACCACCACAAGAGAAACUAUUACACAGUCUGUCGAAUCUCCAAUACAUAAUGACCAUACUGCCAAUAACAAUGCAAAGAAAUACUCUCUGAAAACUAUCAUCUCAGACACGGGACAUUGGAAUAAUUCAUCUGCAGCAUUGAAGACACCUGAGACUAGCAGGGCUGUUUCUGAGAGUGCUAUACCAGUAUACAGAAGUGGGAGCAAGCCAAUCACUGUCACCAACAUUUACCUCUACCCAAUCAAAUCUUGUUCUGCAUUUGAGGUUUCUGAGUGGCCUGUAGGAAACCAAGGAUUGCUGUAUGACCGAAACUGGAUGGUUGUGAAUCAGAAUGGCGUUUGCAUCAGUCAGAAGCAGGAACCUAGACUGUGUCUGGUACAACCCUUAAUUGACCGGGAGCAAAAGAUUAUGGUCAUUAAAGCAGAAGGAAUGGACACCAUAUCUGUGCCUCUAGAAGAAAACACUGGAAGAGAAAUUCAGAUUGGUCAAAGCAAAGUUUGUGCACACAGAGUACAAACAUAUGAUUGUGGAGAGAGAAUAGCAGAAUGGUUCUCUGAAUUACUUGGUCGCCAGUGUCGCCUGAUCAGGCAGAGUUCAGACUUCAAAAGAAAUGCAAAUCAGAAACAUGAAAAAGGUCAGGCUGCAACAGUCUCGCUUUCUCUUGUGAAUGAAGCACAAUAUCUCCUGAUAAAUACAGCGAGUAUUUUACAACUGAAAGAGCAAAUUACUGAAAGACUGGAAGAGCCAUUACCAACCGAGGAACUAAUCCAACGCUUCCGUGCCAACAUUGUGAUCAGUGCAACAGAGUCUUUUGAAGAAGAGAAGUGGGCUGAGAUUUCCAUCGGUGCUUUGUGUUUCCAGGUUGUAGGUCCAUGCAACAGAUGCCAAAUAAUCUGCAUAGAUCCACAAACUGGACAACGAAACAAAGAAUUUCUGCAGACUCUGUCCUCCACCAGAGGUAGAAAGACAAACUUUGGCAUAUAUCUGAUGAACCAGUCCUUGUGCUCAUCCCUUCCAAAUAUCUUGUCAGUGGGAUCUCAAGUAUUUCCAGUGUUGAAGGAAGAUGGAGAAAUUCCAAGUCCUCUAUCCAAUGAAGAAAAAACUUCAGGAUAGUGUCUUUGGCUGGACAAGUUGUACAUGCAUAAUUAAGGCUCUUUAACAAACACAUUACAUGUAUUUAAAAAAUCUGGUAAUUAUUAAAAAAAAAUCUAUGGA